AUUCUCUGCGUUGAACCGCAUGAACUAACAAUCCACAGAACACUUUGAUUUAACUCCACUGAUCAAUCAUGCCUUUGGUGAACUUGUUUGGAUCAAAGUGGAGGCUGGUGCUGAGCGCUCUCCUUUUUUGUGCUUUAAUCUUCGAGUUAGCUUAUUGUCAAAAAGACGCCCAAGAAAAGAGGACCACUCCUUCGAGGAAGCCCAAGACAAGCAAACCAAAACUUGGGAAAUCAACAAAUAAAGAGCCCAGAGCUGUAACAGCCAAACCUAAGAUCAAAGCUACACCUGCAGCUGCAUCACAGAGCCUCCUCACACAGGUGCUAAACCGAGGGAAGUUUAAGAGGGUGGGUGAGACCAUAAGUGUGCAGACAGGAGACACUCUGGAGCUGAGGUGCAGGGGCAAACCUGUGCAGUGGAGUGUCCCCACAUACUUGGAGGAGGACGAUGAUGGGAGGCUCAGAAUCAUCCAACAAGAUCGAUAUGGCGUCCUGACAUUAGUCAACACCACUGGUGCAGACACAGGGGAGUACACCUGUUACCCUAUGUAUUGUGAAGACGCAGACUGCAGGAAGGAGUACGACAAAGCUGUCAAAGUCUUCGUCUUCUUUCCCGACCCACAAGAGCUAUUUGUUCCAACAUCUGACUACUACGAGGUCAUUCAGCUGAGAACCAACUGGCCGACACUCCUCCCCUGCCAGGUGACGUCACCUGAGGUUAAAGUGACUCUGCACCGUGAGUAUCCACCAGUGGAGGUGGCAGUGGAUGGGAUGGACAUCUCCUUUGACGUCAGGAAAGGCUUCACCAUUCAUCGACCGCGGCCUUAUCAUGCUGGAGCCUUGUACUGUGUCGCCAGUCUGGGCAACCUGAGGCAGAGCUCCACUAAGUACAUGCUCAUCUAUGUCAACUACCCUAUGGCCCCUCCUGCUCCAGUGAUCCAGGCCUCAUCAAGCUCUGUGGCUAUGGGGGAUAAUCUGCGUAUCAGCUGCUCUGUAGUGGGGGAACGUGACGUGGUGGUGGAGUUCACCUGGGAAUACCCAGGACAAGAGAUUGGAAGGCCUCUGUACACACAGGACAGCACCAGUCCAGACGGUGGAGGAGCAGCUCAACAGCAUUCUCAGUCUGUUCUCCUGGUGGACGAGGUCAGGGACGUGGACCAAGGAACAUACACCUGCACCGCCCAGAACCUGCAAGGAGCCAAAUCAGCAUCCACUACGGUUAAAGUAGUACCCAAAACCAAACCCAAGAAACCAUGAACCAUCAAAACUGGAUGAUAUCAAUAUGUUGAGAGAAAGAGAGAGGGUGGGGAACAGGCGCAAUAUUUUGCUCUGUCACAACAGUAUUCUGUCUGUCACAUAUGAAUACAUAAUUACA